AUGUCGGCCACAGAGGAGACUAAGCCAGCUGCUCAGGAAGCGCCGAUUGUGUCGCAUGGUCGUGGCGGCCAAGGUAACAUCGGCGCCGACCCAACGGUCUACGUUGACGGCGAAAUUGUGCGCUCUGGUCCCACCGGUGAUCAGGGUGAUGGUGCUUAUUCGGCUGGCCGCGGCGGAGCAGGAAACAUCGGCUCACCACACGUCCGCCCCUCGACUCCAGGUGUAGUCCACGACAAUGUAGUCGUUCCCGAGACCGCGGUGAGGGAGAGUUUGGAUGGGGAUUAUCAUACCGGCCGCGGCGGCCAAGGAAACGUCCACCUCGACGAGAGCCAUGAAAACGACAAGAACAAGCACAAGCAUACGGCUAGUACCAGCAGCAUCGGCAAAGCUCCAGCAGGGACGGCGGCGGACGGAAAGGUGUAUGAAGGAUUGGCGGAUAAAUUGAAGAGGAAGAUUUUCGGGAGGUAA